AUGGAGUCGCCACGACCGUCGCGUGACUCCUUGUCGUCUGUCUCGACGACAAGUCUCGUCUUCGAGCGGAUCAGUGAACGGGAGAAAGCCAAACCCCAGAGCAACGAUCUCUCCGACUUCGACGACGACGAUCCGCUCAGCAAUGGCGACAAUGACGAGACAGGUGCCUUCCUGCCGUCCGCCGCUUCGCGCGGUAAGGGCAUACCAAUGGACCGCAAGCUAAAACGAGUCAUCAUCAUACUGGCUGGUCUCCUUGUCGCAUCAUGGGGCAUCGGCCUCUUCACCUUCAUAACCUCCAAGACGUAUCAGCAUUCCUCUCAGAAGGAGCAUGAUCCGCAGGCUACCAGCUCGCGAGGCUCUGGGAAGAAGAUCAGGCUGGACCAGGUACAAUCCGGCUUCUUUGCGCCCAUGAGCCAUGCUAUCAGUUGGAUCGAGGGCGCCAAUGGGGAGGACGGGCUGCUGCUCGAGCAAGGGGCUAUCAAGAAAGACUACCUGGUUGUCGAGGAUGUACGAAGUCUCAACUCUGAGCGCGUAUUCGCUGGCGAAGAACAAUUAGCAAAGCAGACGCUCAUGCGUAAUAGCUGGUUCAACUACAAAGAUCGACAAAUCUCUCCCCAGAAGGUCUGGCCGAGCCCCAACCUCAAGAAGGUUUUGAUUGCGACAGAUGUCAAGAAAGACUGGAGGCACUCGUUCACCGCCGUCUACUGGUUAUUCGAUGUUGCUACCCAACAGGCCGAACCACUCGACCCCAGCAGUCCGGAUCUCAGGGUACAGUUGGCGCAGUGGAGCCCUCAGAGCAAUGCUGUAGCGUACACCAGCACCAAUAAUCUGUUUGUUCGUCGCCUAGAAAACCCCAAGGCUGUCCAGAUUACCAAGGACGGUGGCCCAGAAUACUUCUACGGUAUUCCCGAUUGGGUAUACGAAGAAGAAGUUUUUGGGGGUAACAGCGCGACAUGGUGGUCGGAGAAUGGUGCUUUCCUGACCUUUCUGCGCACCAACGAAACCCUUGUCCCCGAGUACCCUGUGCAAUACUUCAUCGAACGCCCAAGCGGAACAGACCCCCCACCAGGCGAGGAGGCCUACCCCGAAGUACGUCAAAUCAAGUAUCCCAAAGCUGGCUCGCCAAAUCCCUUCGUAGACUUGCUCUUCUACGAUAUGGUCCGUGGAGAUAUGUUCGAAGUAAACAUCGCGGGCGGCUUCGCUCCAGAGGAUCUUCUGAUUACCGAAGUCGUCUGGGCUGGCACUCAGGUCAUCGUCAAGGAAACAAACCGUGUUAGCGAUAUUAUGCGCGUUGUUUUGGUCGAUGUUGUGGCUAGAACAGGCAAGACUGUGCGGAUCGAUGACGUUGCUAAGAUUGACGGCGGUUGGUUCGAGAUUUCCCACGACACGCGCUACAUUCCGGCCGAUCCCGCAAAUGGUCGUCCGAAUGAUGGCUACAUUGACACGAUCGUUCAUGACAACGGUGACCAUCUAGCCUACUUUAGUCCCUUGGACAACCCGGAGCCUGUCAUGCUUACAUCCGGCAAGUGGGAAGUCGACGGAGGCCCGCAAGCCGUGGACCUUAAGAAUAAUCUAAUCUACUUCAGGGCCACCAAAGAGUCGUCCAUCCAACGACACAUCUACAGCGUAAAGAUAGAUGGUACGGACCUGAAGCCCGUCACUGACACUUCGAAAGAAAGUUUCUAUUCUGCGUCUUUCUCAAGCAAUGCUGGAUACGUUCUACUCUCUUACCAAGGCCCGAGCAUUCCGUGGCAGAAAGUUCUCAGUACUCCAGGUAAUCCGAACACGUAUGAGCACUUGAUUGAGGAGAACAAGGACCUAGCCGCCAAAGCUCAGCGAUACGAGCUACCCCUGUUGGAGUAUGGUACCAUCCAUGUUGAUGGCUUCGAUUUCAACUACGUGGAACGCCGACCACCUCACUUUGACCCGACCAAGAGGUAUCCUGUGCUCUUCCAGCAGUACCAGGGUCCAGGUUCGCAAUCUGUCACAAAAGCAUUCAAGGUCGACUUUCAGUCUUAUGUUGCAGCUGCUCUUGGCUACGUUGUCGUCACGGUUGACGGUCGCGGUACGGGCUUCAUCGGGCGAAAAGCUCGAGUAGUGGUUCGAAAGAACCUUGGUCGCUGGGAAGCGCAUGAUCAAAUAGCCGCUGGUAAAAUAUGGGCCGCCAAACCCUAUGUUGACGCCGACCGCCUCGCCAUCUGGGGCUGGUCUUAUGGCGGCUUUAACGCGCUCAAGACCCUUGAACAGGAUGCCGGUCAGACCUUCAAGUAUGGCAUGGCUGUCGCGCCUGUCACGGACUGGAGAUUCUAUGACAGUAUAUACACGGAGCGGUAUAUGUUGACACCCCAGGAGAAUCGCGCCGGCUAUGAUGAUACCGCUGUCAACAACGUCACAGCUCUCUCGGGCAACGUUCGUUUCUUGAUCAUGCAUGGGGUUGCAGACGAUAAUGUCCACAUGCAGAACACCCUGACGCUCCUCGACAGACUGGACCUUGCUGGAAUUGAAAAUUAUGACCUUCACAUGUUCCCGGACAGUGAUCAUGGCAUUUACUUUCAUAAUGCUAACAAGAUUGUCUACGAUAAAUUGACGAACUGGCUUAUCAACGCUUUCAACGGCGAAUGGUUGAAGAUUACGGAUGCAAAACCUAUUGUAGAAGCACGUAAAAGAAACUUGGAGGAGAUCAGGAAGAGAGAUAUCGCCCUUGUGGGAUGA